UAUCCAUUAAUCACCUGAUGUGACUACUAGAGAAAACUUCAUCUUUGGAUUAUUUGGGUGUAAAAUUCUUAGUAUUGCGCAUAAAUACCUUGUUCAAAUGAUAGGAAAAGGGCUCUGUGGUUGAAAUGGAGAGCCAGAGGGUCGCGGUGGUGGUGGAGGAGGCGGCGGCCGCCCGCGCCGCCCUCGAGUGGGCGGUGCGCAAUUAUAUCCGCGGCGGCGACACCAUCACGCUGCUCCACGUGUGCCCGCGCGCGACUUCCAAGAAGAAGCAGAGGAACCUCCGGCUCAGGGGCUUCCAACUGGCCCUCGCUUUCCGUGAACUCUGCGAUGGCAUCGCCGAGGCCAAAGUGGAGAUCAUAGUUACGGAGGGCGACGAGACUGCGACAGUCGUGUCGAUCGUAAACAGGAUUGGAGCCACAACACUUGUUGCAGGGCUUCAUGAUCAGAGCUUCCUCUAUAGAGCUCAAGAUCUAAGUUACGGUGUACGGAGUCUCGGCUGUCGAGUGCUUGCUAUUAAGCAGCAUGCUGCGAUGCGCGAGGGCUUUAUAAAUGCAGAGUUCUUUCAAAUUGAAACUGCCAGGCUAUGCAUAUCGGAGCCCAAAAUUCCGUAUCAAAUAUUUCCUCUUUCGUUCGGAAUGAUAUGCAGAAGAUCGAGAAGGAAAAAAUGAUGAGCUAUUCACCAAGAGAUGGUUUGUUCUAAUUUGGUGGGAUCAUAAAUGUACAACAACACUUGAUCAUAUUUGUUCAAACUCUAACAUGUACUCAGAGCUUUUUGUUAAAAAAUAAUUGGUUAGUUUUUGCUCGACAAAGAAAAUGAUAGUUUUUCUGUAAUGAUCAUAUGAUUGAAGAGAAUCAACUGAGCAUUGUGCUUAUAUUUCCCUUUCUA